AAAGGCGCGCUAUCGAUACCUUCGUGGUACUCUGCAACACUCUGUCUUCGUCUUUGCCGAGUAAGUUUCUCUUCUCACUUGUCUCUCCGAUGCCAAUCUCCACCGAAUCUUCUACUCCCUCCUCCUCUUGCUUCAUCGAAUGCGCCACUCCGACGAUUCCGAGCGUUCAACUGGUGUCGAAAUCGGUGUCGGAUCGGCUUCUCGGCAAGUUCUUCGACGCCUCGCAAUUCGACUUCGAUUACGAACAGAGUAGCUUGUGGUCUCCGCCGAUUCCGCGGCGGGUUUUUUUGGAUUCUCCGCUCGAUGUUUGCUCCGGUUAUGAGGUACUCUCGAAGCUCGAGAAGGCGAAGACGGCAUGGAGGAAAUUCGUAAUAUGUUUUAGAGGAUUUUGGUGUUCUUGGAAUCCCUGAUUCGACCUAACAACUUUUGAGCAAUUCUCUCCCACUAUGCUACAAGGCCCGAUUGAGAACGAUUGAGGAAAAGAAAAAGAAGAGAAAUUAGGUUUUUCUUUUGAGCAUUCAGUUAAUUGUAUUCUUACCAUUGAAGAAAGAAAAGAAGAAGAAAUCAAAAUCCACUAAUCUUAUAUGAAUUUAAAUUACUUCCAUUUGUGAUAA